AUGUCGUCAGAUUCUAAUACCCAGCGCUGUCUCCGCCCCAGACCCAAACCAAAGUUAACAACCUCAACUGCACCUGACAGUACGGAUGAUUUUUUCCUCAUACAGCGAAAUGCUGCCUUGCUGCCACCCACCUCCAGUGCGGAGCCAUCUGCUGUGCCUGUGGCCCCCCUGAUGUCAUAUCCAUCCCCGGCCAUUGACUUCCGGUCCCUCCGAUCCCUCCGUUCCAACUCCACUCCUCCCUCACUAACCUCGGAGCCCCCGUAUUCCGCAAUCCUCUCGGCGCCCCUCGAUGGUCACCACCCCCUCAUUUCAAUUUAUUACCUACACCUCCCUAAGUACGGAGCCCCGAAGACUUCCGGACAGCUCCGACAGCCCACCUUCGGGCCUAUCCCUCCUUUCCGUUUCUGGGUUAUCGCCUGCCUUUCCGCUAACCCCGUGAACCGACUCAAGAAGAUUGCACCCCGACGAUCCAACAUCCCUUCCCCUUCCACUCCCUCUUCUAAAAUUGUGCUGAAAAUCCCUCAUCAUCCACACACCCACGCUGAGCUGAACACGGCACCAGCUUCCCUUUCCUUGACCACUGCUGGUGAAUCCAGUUUCUGUGAGCCACCAUUGAAUCCUGAAGCUGGUGAGCAGGUCAGUGGCAACCAUGAUGCUGCAGGUGACUCCACUUGCCUUGACCCACAACCCAAGAGCACCGAGGCCGAGCCGGAUGCAGCACCAGCUCCCACUUCCCUUGACGAGCGUAAUCUCCAUAAAUCACAGCCAAACCCUGAAUCCAGUGAGCAGGUCAGCAGCGGGCCCAACACUACGGGUGGGCCCAGUUGCCAUAGUCCGCUACUCAACAAUUUCGAGGCCAGCAAUCAGGCAACUCACCCUGUUGGCAGCACUGGCAGCCUCCCUAGCAGCACAAUUGCCGAUAAUACUCCCCUUGUUGGCCAAACUGUUGAUGGCGAGGCUGGCAGGUUUGGUGAUGAUUCCAGAGAACUGAAUUUGAUUGGGGACCCCUCUGGGGUGAAUGUGAAUUACCCGGAGCUUAAGGAUGUUGCAGCAGCCAAGAUGGAUCUGAUCAAUUCCUUUGAUGAUCCUGAGGCAGAUGUGUCUCCCCUAGUGGCUGGAUGUUACUCAAAGGUGGAAAUUAAGGAGCUAGACGCUAUUUAUCAAUCCUUCCUGACUUCCAUCAAUGACUGGGCUGAGAGUCAACAUCACACCAUCACCUCCGCACUCAAUCAUAUCAGCCUUGCUUUUGCUACCCAUGAACGCCGUGCUUCGGGGAACCCAUGGAACGCAUACCUCGAACUCAACCCCAAUCCGGAUUCCAGCAUGCGUUAUGACCAGUACAUUCAGAACAUUGCUCGGCCCAACUAUAACAAGCUUACUCAGGAUCAUGGUGGAAAGGGCAGCCAGGGCUGGCAGGCUAAGGCGCAAGAAUUGAGAUGA